CAUCUGUCCCCGAGUGGUAAUGCUAGCGACUAGGACUUCAUCAUCAAGGCGCGGUCCUCAUCUCGCCAGUUGAUGUUGUACGAGACUCAGCAAUCUCCAAGAUGCCAAUAGAUCCAAGUGGCCCAACAGUCAUCGCUACUGAAUGGGCCCUUAUCUCCAUCGCGACCGCAGUAAUUUUAGCGCGACUAUACCUCCGACUCGUUCUACAACGGCGAAGUCUACUCGCGAGCGAUGUGUUCAUGUGCGCCGCAUGGGUUUCGGCCGUGGCGACAGCAAGCUUCGAUAUCUACUUCUACCGCAUAGGCAUUUUCAAACCUGGUAUCACAUUCGAUCUUGCUGGAUUCGAAGGAACAGCUGAAGAGGCAGAAAGCUUCUACAAGCUCUACUAUUUUGCCAACUAUCCAUUUUAUGUGACUUUCUACUUAUCUAAGGCAGCUCUACUUGCUGUGUACUUACAGAUUUUCCCCGUCUUUAUGGUAAAGCGACGUCGAUUCCUAUGGGUGGUUAUCGUCUACGUUGCCAUGGGCUUCGUUAUUACAAUACUGCUACUCAGCCUCUCAUGUCUACCAGUAUGGAGAAAUUGGACAUUAUCGGAACAAAGAUGCACCGUUAAAAGCAUCAAAACCAACUUUGAAAUUUCAUGGGUUCUAAACAUCAGUGGGGACAUCCUGAUUUUCAUUCUGCCAUGGCUCGUUAUCCCCGAGCUCACAUUGAGGAGAAGACUGAGAUAUAGUCUAUACGCCACGUUUCUCCUUGGUCUUAUCAAUAUCAUCUUCUGCGUAGUCCGCUUUGCCCAGAUUGAGCAAUAUGGUGGAGAUUUGGUGAUCACAAUUAGCCUUGUCGAAUUAUGGAGUUUCAUCGAUGCUUGCAUUGGCCUGAUUAUCGCAUGCCUCCCAUCACUACGACCCUUCUUCAACUGGCGAGAAAAGAUUCAGUACUACGGUCAGAGUAGCGGUCAAGAUAGUAAGGGAGACUCAAGCCAAAACUCAAGGAGACCGAUGAUAUCGUUAGACCCAGAAAUGUUGAGUCAGCCAUCCAACGUUCACUUGAGUGAAGAUAUGCAACGGAGGUUCUCAGUAGUAUAAAGAUGAGAGACGAGAAGGAAACUUGAUCAUUAACGAAGGAAUAUUUGUAUGAUUUACUAUGAUAUACCCUUCUGUUAAAUUGGCUUUGUAUUCUACAAAGGUGUUGGAGGC